AUGAGGGGAUGCCCGGGGACGGCGAUGCCCAUCACGCAGGACAACGCGGGGGUCUUCCUCCCCCUGCUGUGGCAGUGGCUGCAGAACAGCCGUCGGGAGGGGGCCGAGGGGGCCGAGCAGAGGCUGUGCCGUGCGGCUGUCCAAAAGCUGAGCGAGUACAUCCAGCUCAACUUCUCAGUGGACGAGAGCAAACUGCAGGUGACGGACAGCGUGGCUUCGGAUAUGGAGAUCUGCACUGUCUACCUGGCCCAGGAGAUGCGGAAAACUGAGGUUCUGGGUUUGAGCUUUGGGAACAUCCCUGCCCUGGGGGACUAUGGAGAGAAGCGGCGGGGAGGAAAGAAGAGAAAGGGGCAUAAGGGGCCAGUGCUCGAUGUUGGGUGCAUCUGGGUGACGGAUUUGAAGAAAAACAGCCCGGCUGGGAAGUGCGGGAGGCUGCGCCUGAAGGACGAGAUCCUCUCUCUGAAUGGGCAGUUGAUGGUCGGUGUGGACGUCACUGGUGCGAGUUACCUGGCCGAGCAGUGCUGGAAUGGCGGCUUCGUCUACCUGAUCAUGUUGCGCCGCAUCAAGCGCAAAGCCCCUCUUCCUCCCUCCAAUGGCAACAACAGCAACAGUUGCGACCCCAAAGCCAAGCCCAGCCCUGAACCCGCUGACAGAGCCGCUCAAAACGGGAAAAGGACCAGGAAGUUUGGGGUCAUCACCAGGACGCCGGGUGGCAAGGACAGCAAAGAAAAGCCAGGCUCGGAGCAUGGGAACGGGCACUGCACCCCGAUGGAGGUGGAGGUCACUCAGCCAGAGACCUCGGAAGCAGAAGGCCACGUGGAGGAGCCGUUCCACAGCACAGGGGGACAGAGCCGGUCCCGGCUGUCGGAUGGCGGCGUGCCAGACAUCGGUGACCAGCCUGCCCAGCGAGAAGGUUGCCGCAUAUGGAAGAUGCACAUCCUGAAGGGGACCGACGGGCUGGGGAUCCAGAUAACGGGAGGCAGAGGGUCGAAGCGGUCCCCUCACAGCAUCAUCAUCACCCACGUGGAGGAAGGCGGCUCGGCACACAGGGACGGCAGGCUGACGGUGGGCGACGAGCUCCUGAUGAUCAAUGGGCACUCACUGGUGGGGCUGUCCCACCAGGAUGCUGUGGCUCUCCUUCGCUCAGCUGCUGGCCUGGUUCAGCUGGUGGUUGCUAGCAAGGAAUCUGCCGAAGGGGAUUUUCGGAAGUACCCGUCUACCAGUUUGCCAGAUUUGCUUAGCACUUGCUCAGUCCAAGACUCUGUCUCUUGCACUGACAAUAAAGAAAACGAAGAGCCAGAAGAAGAUGAUGUGAAGGGAGUGAAUGUGUCUCCUGAAUCACUGGUCGCUGUGAUGGAAACUGAGAAGUCUCAAGAUCCAGCUUCUGCAGAAGUGUCCAAAGGAAACAACCAGAGUCCGACUCUGGGAAGUGGCAUACUGAAAUACAGAAGUCGAUCCCAAGGUGCCGGAUCCCGCUUAGAAUCUGUGGGGGAAGAUGAUGAGCUGAUGGUGGAAAAUGGUGAAUCGAGCUAUGAGAUAGCAGUGAAAUACUCCCGGGGCGGGAGAAAGCACUCUCUGCCGCAGCAGCUGGAGUCAGCAGGAGCCAGGCAGGACUACCACAUCGUGAAGAAAUCCACCCGUUCCUUCAGUGCCGCCCAGGUGGAAUCUCCAUGGAGACUGACCCAGCCGUCCAUCAUCUCCAACAUUGUCCUGAUGAAAGGGCAAGGCAAGGGUCUUGGAUUCAGCAUUGUGGGAGGUCAGGAUUCUGCUCGUGGACGCAUGGGGAUUUUUGUGAAGACCAUAUUCCCAAAUGGAGCGGCGGCUGCUGAUGGAAGGCUUAAAGAAGGGGAUGAAAUCCUAGAAGUUAAUGGAGAGUCUCUACAAGGGCUGACCCAUCAAGAGGCCAUUCAGAGGUUUAAGCAACUCAAGAAAGGUGUGGUGACCCUGACCGUGCGCACACGCCUGCGCAGCCCAAGCCUCACGCCCUGCGCGACUCCCACCUUGCUGAGCCGCUCCAGCUCCCCCAGCUCCAGUGCCAGCGGUGGCACGCCGGUCCCUGGCCCCGAUGAGAUGGAUGGUUCCUCCUCCAGCCGCAAAGGCCCCGGCCCAAAGGACAGGAUCGUCAUGGAUGUGACACUCAAUAAAGAGCCAGGGGUUGGACUUGGCAUUGGUGCCUGUUGUCUUACUCUGGAAAACAGUUCUCCGGGGAUAUACAUUCACAGCCUGGCCCCAGGAUCAGUCGCUAAAAUGGAUGGCAGAUUAAGUCGGGGCGAUCAGAUCCUGGAGGCAGAUUCAGUCAGCCUGCGUCACGCAGCGUUAAGUGAAGCCUACGCCAUUCUGAGCGAAUGUGGUCCAGGUCCGGUUAGCCUUAUCAUUAGUCGGCAUCCUAACCCUAAGGUUUCUGAGCAGGAGAUGGAUGAAGCAAUUGCACGCACUACUCACCGAGAGAGCAAGGACACAAGCUCCUCUCAUGUCACAGGAGCUGUACAAAAAAGCCCAUCUCCUGGUGUGAAGGCCAAACAAGGAGAGACCUCAUCUCCCCUCAGCUGGACGAUGAAACGCUUCCUGGAGCCAGCAAGCCGGCAGGGAUCUGUCAGCUCCGAGGCAGAGCUUUCCCAGUACUUCUCGCAUGAUGGUACGAGCCAGCUCCCAUUCUCUGAUGCUGUAACUGGCUCCUGUGAUGAAGAGCAACUCCGUCAAAAGAACAGGAACAGUUUGCUGGACGACGGCUCUCUUCUUCCUGCUGCUAGAGAAGCAGGACUGGCAAAAGCAAAUGGUCUGUCUUCUCCAACCAGUGGGAGAUCAUCUGGUCCUCACAACAAGCAUGUGGAGUCUGUCCGACCUGGCAUCCUUAGCGAUAGCCCCAAAUCUUCCCGCAGCCCCUUUCAUCGACAGAGAAGGGUUGUUUUCUAUGAUGGUGAUGCUAGUGAUGAUGAUGAAAGUUCCCAUAUACAAAGAAGCCAGAGGGCCAAGAGCCAGGAGGAUGCUGGCAUCGUCAUUACAACGUCAUCUGUAGAAAUUGAUGAUGAGAGCCAGGACAGUGAGUCACCUAAAUACAUUGGCACAGAGACAUCUUCCCCUGUUUUCAGCAACUCCGUGGAGUCUGCAGACAGCACACCAGAGCAAACUGACUCUCCUUUCUUCCCCAUCAUAGCAUUUGACUACUCAAGUGUGCCUGAAGUUCGUCUCAGCAGCCUGAGUUUGAGGGAGCUCCGGGAAGCACAGCUGGAAUCUAAGAGAUCACCAAAACUGGAGCAUAGAGCAGUCACGAGAGUGAAAAGCAUGAUGAGCACUGAGUGCCGAAGCCUUCAGAGACAGAGGAUGGAGGAGCAUGGCUCUUAUAACAAGCCUGUUGCGAGGAUGCUCCCUCACAGCAAGAAGUGUGAAGCACCUGAUGGGACGGGCCAGUGCCAGUGUGAAAUUGUCACUCUGGUUCGCAAUGAGCAUGAGUCAUUUGGCCUGGAUUUGGAAAUCCAAGCCAUGCCCUUAAAAGUUGUUGUCACAGGGCUGCGGCCAGGUGGAGCAGCAGAAAGGGGAUCCAUGGGCAAGAUGGCUGUAGGAGAUGAGAUUACCACCAUCAAUAGUAUCCCAGUCAGUAAGAUGACGUACGAGGAAAUCUGCUUGCUUAUGCAAUGUCUUCCCACAUCGGUAACCUUGGAGAUCCAGAAAACAGCAGCAGCUGUCAGCAGAUUUACAAACCUCAUCCUGUGUCCAGCAGUAGACAGUCAAAAGCAAGCUGAUGUCAACAGCAUCCUCUUGGUUGAGGAAGAAUCGAGUGCUGGGAAGCGAGAAGAAGCAGGACUGCAAAACGCUGGCGGUGGCUGUGCGAUGGAGAGAGCAACACUGCCACCUGAUGUCACAAGUAAAGAUGUGCAAAGAGGUACCAUGAGGAGCAGCCGUGCUGAGGACAGCGUGGCCAUCCCUGUCACCGAUAUCGAUGACUUGCUCAGCCAAAUGGGUGCUCCUGAGACCAGGCGCACCCCAUCGCGAGCAGAAAGCCCCCUCCGAGAGGAGUACACCACAAUGUGCUGCUGUGGGACCGACGAAGGCUGUCCCAGUUCUGAGCCAAGUCCAGCAAAGGAGGAGCAGCUGGAAAAAACUAUGAAUUGUGCAGCUAAUGCACAUUUGGGGCUGUCUGUGUUGGACUCUAUUAACACAGGCAAACUUUUAACUGUGAAUAAAAACUCUUUAAAUAACUACUCUAGGAAUUUUAGCAGUUUAAGUGAGGAUGAGUUGCCUGCAGCAAACUGUCUGGAUGGUAAGAGAAGUGACCCAUUUCCAAAGUCUAUGUAUGGAGCUGCAGAAGAUUCUCACUCAGACACAGAGUCUGUCACAGAAAUAUUUGAGAGUACUGGUGAUGUGUUGCUUGGGCCUUGCGCUGCUGCUAAUGUCCCUGCAGUCUGUCAUGUAUUAGAGUCGGAUGAGGAGCAAAUUGAAAUUUGUUGUGUGAAUGAUGAGCCACAAAAGCCUGGUCAAGAGGAACAUCUCAUGGCUGUGACAAGCUCAUCCCCUCUGUCCCCACAGCACCCUCACAGCAGCAAAGUUUUGCAAACUGAAGGAUGUGUGAUGUGUGGAUCACUGGAGACAAGCAUCAACAAACUGGGCUUGGAAGAUUGCAGUGGUUCCACUUCGUGUCCUUCACAGUGUUCAGAAGUCUCUUCUGCUUCCCUGUGUUCUUCGUCCUCUGUCUUCCUGCCAGAAAAAGACAUCUUAAGGAAUUCAGUUGACAUCCCUGAAGUUUACUCUUUCCAUAACAAUGGUGCCUUAAGUACAGAAGAACAGACAGGUUUGGGGAACAAUAAUGAAAAUAUAAAAUGCUGUGGAUCUGUUGAAGAGGAAGGGUCUCUGCACUGCAAAAAGAUAAGCUUUUCCUCUGCUAGAAAUGUCAAUGGCUUGGAGAACAACUUGCCUGAGAAAGAAGGAUGUCAUGAUGAACAGAGAUCCAAAUCUGAAAGUGAAACAGUGGUUGAUGACUGUAAUCACACUGUUACCUACUGCUUAGCAAAGAAAGAAACCAACUGUUUGUCCAACUUGUCUAAAACAGACAGCAAUCACCUGAACGCAUCAUCACCAAGAGCAAUAUCACUCAGGUCUCCCUUUCCCACUAGAUCUAAAGAUCCAAAGGCUAAUGGAACUCAUGACUUGCCAGGGAAAAAUGAAAAAAAUAGCUCUGUGACUUGUGGAAGAACUUCAAAUGGCAAAGUCCAAAGCUCAGGCACAAAUCACUGCAAAGGAGCUGCAGUACCGCACAGCCCAUUGUCACAGAAAAAAUCCUGUCAGGAGUCUAAGGGAAUAGCACAAAAAAGUAUAAUGGAAACCCUUUUAAAUAGCCAGAAGACCAAAGGAGGACCAAAGCUAAAAGGGUUCACCAUCAAAAGCAAAGCAAAGACAAAUUCAGAUUCUUCUGGCACUAAUCCUACCAAAGUCAGUGGGGCUGAUCAGAAAAGGGCUUUGGUUUCUCCACAGUUGUCCCCCAAACUCCUGGGGAAGAAAGCACCCUUGUCCCGUAACUCACCUACAAACCCAGAUGCUGGCAAGAGCAUUUCAGCAGCCUCAAGGACUCUGAAAUCAGAGCUAGAAAAUAAACCAUCUCUGGUCAUUUCUGAGGAUUCACUUCUGCCUCUCCAAAAUGGUACCAGCAGCCCAACAGCAAGCAGUGAAAUGAAAUGUAGUGGCUGUGGGGAGCUAACACACCUGCAGCAGGCAUGGGGAAAACCAAAAGAAAAACAAGUUUCCAUGCAGUCUGCAGUGUGUCAGGGUAAGAGUGUUAAGGUGGAUGAUUUCAGAGCCGGAGACAGUCAGUCCAAAGCCGCUUUAUCCCCUCAGGAGACGACAAAAGUCGAAUACAUGAAAGGGAAAACUGAGAACCCUGGAGUGGGCCUGAACACAAUCAAGAGCAUCUAUAGUGCAGAUGAUGUUAGGCAGUUAGAUCUGCAAAACAUAGGGGCAUCUGCUGGAGGCUCCUCUUCAUUGAGGUACCCUGCAGUUCAGCUGGAGCAGCCAGAAGGGCAGGAGAUUCAGCGCACUUUCAUCGAGGUGAAGCUUUCCUCCUCCUCCUCCUCUUCCUCCUCCUCUUCUGCCUCUUCCUCACCAGCACCAUUUUUGCAGCUGCCAUUGCUAGAGAAAAAUGAAGAGGUGAAUGCAGAGGUGCCUCAGCUAACUGAGGAGAUGGGGACCACACAGUAUUUCUCAAAAGUGGAUGUUGCCAGAGAUCGAAAUCUCUAUGGCUUGUCGAAACCUGUGACGAGGACUUACUCGAUGCCAGCCCAGUUAUCAGGUCACUUGAGGGAGGACUGCCAUGCUGCAGAGAUUCAUCCUGUGCAGGGUUCCCAGGGCCAUGCUGCUGAGGAGAAAUAUCCCCAGGCAGUGACGAGUACGUUAAAGAUGGUCCAUCUAAACCUGCCGAACGGCCAAAGCAGGAAGGAGCAGGCAUACACCUCCAAAAGCACUCAGAAGGUGCAUGACACAUCCCCCUCAGCCACGGACAGUACCUACUCUGCCACCGAUAAGCUGAGGAGUUUCAGGAGGAAUUACUACUACUACGAGCUAAACUGGCCACAUGAACCUACCUCAUCCUUCUCUGUCAAACAAAGGAUCAAAUCCUUCGAAAACCUGGCAAAUUUUGACCGGCCAGUUGUGAAGGCCAUCGAUAUACAUUCAUCCAUAAGGUCUCCCCUUGGCAGGAGGUCGUGUGGUGGGAUGGCCACUGCAACCAGCCCCACAGACACGCCACGGGCCUUACGGCGCAGCUUGAGCUCCUAUGGCAGCAGUCCAAGCCCGGUUGACACUACGGCCAAGUCUCCCGUGAGCACAGAGCCUACAUGUGCUGUGGAGGGCGGCGUGGGGGAAGGAAAGUCCCAAAGGAUCGAGGAGGGCAGUGCCAGGGUGGACUCAGCCGCCUUUCCACCCACAGCCUCACAGGUGCGGCGCAAUCGAGGCCUGGGGCGUCCACCGCUGUCCCGCUCCAGGCUGAGGGAGCUGAGGGCCCUCAGCAUGCCCGACCUGGACAAGCUAUGUGGCGAGGGCUUCUCGGGGCCGCCACAGCCUGCGUGCUUCAAGACAGAGCUGGAAAUCACACCCCGGAGAGCCCUCGGCUUGCCCAGCCAGAGUGACAUGGCUGGGACAGGUGCCAGCAGCCCUCGGGACAGCAGCUCGGGAACACCAGGGUCUGCCUCAGAUGAUGAUGUGCCCUGUGCUGGCUCUCUGGGUGGGGAGCACUCAGAAAACAGCUGGUCCCUCAGCUUGGAUCAGCUGCUCGUCUCAAACCUGGACCAGCAAAAAUUGCAAGCGGCUUUGUCAGCUGUAGUACCAAAAUGUGACAUUGCCACUAUUCUCCAGGAUGUCAAGGCACAAGUAAAGAGCAAAGAAGAUGCAUACUUUGUAGUCUUGCGCAAAGAAGAAGGAGCUGGCCUGGGAUUUAGUGUUGCUGGAGGAAUAGAUCUGGAACAGAAAUCGGUCACAGUCCACAGAGUGUUUUCCAAAGGAGUGGCAUCUCAGGAAGGGACUAUUCAUCGAGGAGAUCUUGUUCUGUCCAUCAACGGCAAGUCUCUUGCGAGCUCGGUCCAUGGGGAUGUCCUGAAUGCUCUCCAUCAGGCGAGACUACACAAAUAUGCAGUCAUUGUCAUCCAGAAGGAAAAAGACAAAGCAAACAAUUCCUCCAGACUUGAGAUAUCAGCUACUGGCAGAAAAUGUGUGGGGUCUGGAAAGAAUGUUUCCAUGGAAAUAGGAACAGAUCCAAACUUGGACAUGAAUGAUGUCAUCUGUGUCGAAUUACUGAAAACCUCUGCUGGCUUGGGAUUCAGUCUUGAUGGUGGAAAAGCUUCCAUUGCUGGAGACAGGCCCUUGCUUGUAAAAAGAAUAUUUAAAGGUGGUGCUGCAGAGCAAGCUGGAAACAUAGAAUCUGGAGAUGAAAUUCUUGCUGUUAGUGGAAAAUCAUUACUUGGCCUCAUGCAUUACGAUGCCUGGAACAUUAUUAAAUCUGUGCCAGAGGGCCCUGUUCAGUUACUAAUCAGAAAACCCAGGACGUCAGUAUGA